UACACUAUUUACUACCCUUUACAUUUCGGUUACGUUCAGGUUUGAUUAAAUCAAUUUCUACUUUUUUCAGUAUAGCGCAACUCAGUUCAGUUCAAUUUAAUGCAACUGGAUUGCUUUCAGCUCAGCUAAGUUCAAUAAAAUUCAGUUCUAUUCAGUUCUAUUAAAUUCAAUAUAGGACAAUGCAUUUCAAUUCAGUUCAGUUUAAUUAAACUUCAGUUAAUAGUAUUGCAGUUCAGUACAUCCAUUGUGUAUGCCUGGUUAUUCUUGUGGGGUUGCGAAUCAUCCCUAGGGGUCUUUGGGUCAGCGGUGGGGUACACCCUAGACAGAUCAUCAGAGGGCCACAGAGAACAGACAACUAUGCACACACACACACACACACACACACACACACACACACACACACACACACACACACACACACACACACACACACAUGUCUGACGGCACCUAAAGCUGUAUUGUAAGUGAAUGGUUUUCUUGCAUUGCAUUUUCACCUUAAUCUAGCUGUUAACUGUUUCAUGCACUCUUGCUUAUGUAUCUGUGAAUAAUUUUAGAGGACAAUUUAACUGUACAGCCUGUUUUUAAAUAUUUGUAUCAAGCUAUUUUGAGACAUUUUCAGGAAAUUGGGAUGUUUUCUAGCCUGUUCCAAGAAUAUCACUACAGUAUUCUCAAUUAUUACUCAAUUUACAUGAUAAUAUCCUUAUUGUGGCUUCAGCUUAGAGAAAUAAUAAUCUUUUUAGCACAGAGAUUACAACAUUAGAUAAUAACUCAACUGCAUUCUUGUAAAAAAAAAUGCUACAAUAAAAUAACAAAAACAAAUGUCUGCGAUGGACAGAUGACUAAGUUAGGCUUAAAUCUGUCUCCUGCUGAUCUCAAUAUUUGCAUUUUUGUAAAUGUCAAGUAAAACAAAUCUAAAAAAUUUACUGCAAAAUAUUUUAUUUACCCGGGCAUUUUUUUUUUUGGUCUUGUUUGAGAAAAAAUUAAUCCUAUGGCUAUUAAAUGAGAAACAACAGCUGGGUCGAGAGCAUAACAGCCAACUGGUCAUGCAGUCCAGUUGUUUACAGUUUUGAUUCGCUCCAGUUCAUUGCAAAGUGAUAAUUAUCACACUAAUGCUCAGCUCUCUGCGGUGAGUCACAGUCUGAAAACCUGAUAGUCAAGGGGAAGUUGAGAUGGAAAGAACCUUUUAGAAGGAAAACGCUCAUUGCAACACAACAUGUCACCUCAACAUGCUCUCCUGGUGUAAGAGGACAGGUAUUCCCCUGGAUGAAGGCGGUUAGAGUCGUUAGUGGACAAACAAACUCUACAGAGGUCUAAGGAAUGGUCUUCUUCUGGUUUAUGAGGCUGUGUGGUCUGUCUGUGGGUCUCAUGAAGCUCUCAGUUGUAAACAGUGACAUACAAAUGGAUAUCUAAUAGAGAAAUUAAAAAUGUGUUUACAGUAAGAUGGAAAAUAAUCUAAGAUGUACAAUAUAUGCUGGUGCUCUUAAACAGUGCACCUGCUGAGAAUUUCCUUACUAGAGAAGGACACACCUCCUGCACCCAGAGGGCUAGAUGUAUGGUCUCAGGCCUGGUCGACUCCUCACUCAAGUUCUCGUUUACACUUGAAGCAGAUCAUGUCCAGAGUGGAGGUGUUCAGAGAAGCCAACCUUCGCUCUCUGCUGCGCGAGCUGCGUACUGACAUAGCGAUGGCUGUGGAUGACCCUUUUCCUAUUGUGUAUGGUUUAGCAGACAAAAACAUCAUCACUGAACAACAGCUGCAGGAUACUCUUAAAAAGGAAGGUAGUGAGGGAAUUCACAAAGCCAUGUACUCCCUCCUGUCCUGGCUGUCGGACCAGAGCAGAUCAACUCUCCAAGCUUUCUGGAGCAACUUAUCAAAGGACUACAACAUGGACAGCUACCCAAAGCUAAAGACACUUCUCACUAACCUGAAAACCGAAAGGGACGCUCCAAGGUUCAAAGCUAAAAACAGAUCCUCUGGUGGAGUCAAAGCUUCUCACAGCAAGAAGAGGAGCCAUGAGGACAGGGGGACAAAUGUUCAGCAUUCAGAGUAUCAUGCCCAGACAAGUGAUGGAACAGUGAAUAAAGUCAAGCUGUACAGAGUGAAGAGCGAAGCUGGAGCUCUGCAGCUACCAUCUGGAAACAGUCUGCAGAUAGCAUCUUCCUCUGUUCAGAGAGGGGUAGUCCUUUCCUCUUCUUCAUCCUCCUCCUCUUCAGAUCUGCCAUUAAGCCACGAUAAAAAAGAAAACAUACAAAUCAAACAGGAGUAUACUGCAUUGGAUGGGUCAAUCAGAAAGUGCAUUAAAGUUGCUGAAAGUUUCCACUCAUAUAGUUUAGCAGAGAAGUCCAAUGAAGAAAAGUCAAAAUCUUCGAGUGCCAAGUUUAUCCAGCAGGGGGAGACAAACAUAAUCAUGAUACACUCUAAUGAAGAUGAGUGUGCAGUCUGUAAGGAUGGCGGGGAGUUGAUUUGCUGUGACGGCUGUCCUCGAGCCUUUCAUCUGACCUGCCUCAACCCUCCGCUCACUUCAAUACCCAGUGGCUCUUGGCAGUGUGAGUGGUGUUGUGGGUUAAGAGUAAAACAAGAAUGUGCUCUACAACCUGUACAGGUUUUCCCCACCCAGCCUCAACAAACAAGCAUAAACUCCACGAACUCCAUCUCAGACAACUGCUUCUACCCUGCUUUGUCAUCCUCCCUCAGAAGUGUAACAGACUCUGUCAAAGUGUCGAAUGGCAAAAACCAGUGCUCAGGUGGAGAGCUGCUUGCCAUGAGGGAGGUAUGUGGUGUUUGUCACCUUGGAGGAGACCUGACUCACUGCCUUCAGUGUUUAAAGCAUUUCCAUGCACGCUGCCACUUUUCCAAAGGGAUAUCCGUCUGCCUGUCCUGUUCCAGACCUUGGAGCAGCUCUGCAGAGAAAGAAACUGAGCCCAGAGGCAUACAGCCUUCACCAACAGUCCAGAACCCAUUCAGUCAAGAUCAGAGCACUUCCUUCUCUGAACCAGUCAUCAAUAAGGACGAACUUGACUCCAUCCUGGGAGAUCAGAGCUCCAUUGAUGGCCUGUUGCAAUGGGCCUUCCACAACAUCUCUAGGCCUCUUCCAGACUCUCAGGGAUGCUACAAGUAAAAGAUAAUGAUGCACUCAGCAUUAUAAAACAGGAAUGGUAAAUUAAUCCCUAGCCAACUGAAAUGAGAUGAUAUUAAGAAUAACUCAAAAGUCGCAGCCUGUCUACCGCUUUAAUUUAAAAAUACAUGUUAAGUGUUGUUUUUAUGAUUGAUCAGUUUGUUUUAAAUCAUUUAAUAAAAUUUUUCCAUCCCACUUA